UAAACUUGAUUCCUAUCGUAAAACAAGCUACCCCAAAAAAGAAACCUUCGAGGCUGGAAAACUGAGUAUCGCUCAAGGUCAUCGGGAUCUCGGUGUCGACAUCAUGCUACAGUCAUUAGCUUUGCACGAACAGAGCUACGGAUUCCUUCAUCCAGCAACAGCAAAGUGUUAUGCAGCGUUGGCAAUGUACUUCUAUCAUAAUGAAGAUUUGGAGGUUGCCAUCGAUUUUCAGAAGAAAGCAGUAGUUGUUCUUGAAAGAACGUGUGGCGUCGAUAGCGUCGAUUCUGUUCACAGCUAUCUACAUCUGGGUCUUUUUGAGAAUGCUAUCGGAAAUACUGAAUUGGCUCUGCGUCACAUGAGACAUGCCAUGUAUUAUUGGGAAUUCCCUGUGCCGAUAGUAGACUCCGGAACCGUAUGUUGUGGAUUAGAAUUAUAUUCCGUGCCUAAAAGGCAAUUCAAAAAAUGCGAUAUGCAAUGUGGAGCAUACGCAUUUGGUACUUCGUGCAAAAGACUUCGAAGUAUAUGCUUUGAUGCUCGAAUAAUCAUUUCAUGA